AUAUGUAUGCUUGACAUCAUCACUUUUUAGGGUGUCCUUGGAGCGCCUCACCAUGGAAAGUAUACGUUGGGCAUUUUCAUACCGCGCCUGGGCCCCUUGCUGUGAGGAAUGGUUGUUGGCCAUGCGCCUUGUGCAGCCUGAAGAGAAAAAGCGCAUUGAACAGUUUGUUUUUGGUCGGGAUGCCAAAGCUGCUAUGGCUGGCCGCCUGAUGAUAAGAAAAUUGAUUGCGGAAAAGCUGAAGAUUCCUUGGAACAAAAUACAGCUACAAAGGACUUCACAAGGCAAACCUGUCCUUGUAAAUGCAUUAAGCAGCAUCCAAUCCAAUUUCAGCUUUAAUAUUUCUCAUCAAGGAAAUUACACUGUACUUGCAGCGGAACCUGAUUGUCAGGUUGGCAUUGAUAUCAUGAAGACUACAAUGCCAGGAAGUGGUUCAAUUCCCGAUUUCUUUCAGCUUAUGAAACGGCAGUUCACAGAAGAAGAAUGGCAAGUUAUCAAGUCCAUGAAGAAUGAAUGGCUUCAGUUGGAUAUGUUUCAUAGGCACUGGGCAUUAAAAGAGAGCUUCAUAAAAGCCAUUGGUGUUGGAAUAGGAUUUGACCUUCAAAGGAUAGAGUUUAAUGUGUCGCCAGUGGAACUGGAAGUAGGAAAAACAUACAAUGAAACUGUUAUACUCUUGGAUGGUGAAGAAGAAAAGCAGUGGACAUUUGAGGAGACCCGGUUAGAUGAUUGCCACCAUAUUGCGGUUGCUCUUGGAAGAUCAGGAGAAUUUGGAAAGUACCACUCUGGGAUGAUUCCCACCAAUAAAACUGCAUUUACAAUACUGACUUUCAAUGAUUUAGUCGCCUCCGCUAUUCCUCUUGCACCAGAAGAUCCUGCUUGCUGGGAAAGCUUUUGUUCUAGACAGGAAAUGCCAACACGACAGAGUUGUACCCCAAGAUGACAGAAGCUGGAUU